GCGCCCCGUGCUGCGGUCGCCCCCAAACUACACCACCGCGCUUCGGUCCGCCCGGUCAAACACCGACGCCUUCCUCCGGAAAUCCUUGAGACAACGACAGCAAGGCGGCGGUGACCAGUAGCGGCCGCGGAGGAGGGAGAUGGAGGCGAGGUACGCGGUGCUGCGGCGCGCGGUGGAGGAGGUUGCGGCGGUGGACGCGCACGCGCACAACCUCGUCGCCCCGGGCUCGGCGUUCCCCUUCCUCCGCUGCUUCUCCGAGGCCGAGGGCGACGCGCUCGCGCACGCGCCCCACUCCCUCUCCUUCAAGAGAAGCCUGAGGGAUAUUGCCACGUUGUACAACUGUGAAGCCUCGCUUGAGAAGGUGGAGGAGUUCAGAAGGGCUGAAGGAUUGGAAUCUAUCAGCUCGAAAUGCUUCCGAGCUGCCAAUAUAUCUGUUAUCCUUAUUGAUGAUGGCAUAACGUUUGACAAAAUGCUCGACUUGGAGUCUCACAAGGCAUUUGCUCCUAUAGUUGGCAGAGUUCUGAGAAUAGAGUGGCUAGCAGAAACAAUUAUCAAUGAUAAGUCAUUCAGUGGAUCAAGCUGGACACUGGACUCAUUCGCUGAAACUUAUGUAACUAAGCUGAAGUCAGUUUCUAACCAAAUUAUUGCACUGAAAAGCAUAGCUGCAUAUAGAAGUGGCUUAGAGAUUAACCCAAAUGUUAGCAAGACGGAUGCAGAGGAUGGUCUUCGUACGGAGCUAAGAGGUCGGAGGCCGCUUCGUAUUAGAAAUAAGAACCUGAUUGACUAUCUAUUUACCUGCAGUCUUGAAAUUGCUGUGUCACUUAACUUGCCAGUGCAGAUUCACACAGGUUUUGGAGAUAAGGACCUAGACUUGCGAAAGUGCAACCCUCUACAUUUGCGUGCAGUUCUUGAGGAUGAAAGAUUCACUAAGUGCCAAAUUGUCCUUUUACAUGCUUCUUAUCCAUUUUCUAAGGAAGCAUCCUAUCUUGCAUCUGUUUACUCCCAGGUCUAUCUUGAUUUUGGCUUGGCAAUUCCAAAACUUAGUGUUCAAGGAAUGACAUCGUCACUGAAAGAGCUUCUGGAGCUAGCUCCCAUAAAGAAGGUCAUGUUCAGCACAGAUGGUUAUGCUUUUCCAGAGACAUACUAUCUAGGAGCAAAAAGGGCACGCGAUGUUGUUUACCGCGUCCUGUCAGGUGCAUGUGAAGAUGGAGACCUCAGCAUUCAGGAAGCCAUCGAAGCAGUUGAGGACAUCUUUAGACGAAAUGCAUUGCAUCUGUACAAGUUGAAUGUUGCCAAUGGGUCAAUCAGUCAUGAAACUACCAUAGCUGCUGACAGCAAAUCAUUAUCUUCUAUUGAGCAAGACGUAGUCUUUGUUCGAAUAGUCUGGAAUGAUGCUUCUGGUCAACAUAGAUGCCGUGUUGUGCCAGCUGGACGAUUUUAUGAGAUUACAAGGAAUAAGGGUGUUGGUCUGACUUUUGCAUCGAUGGGAAUGACUUCAUUUUGUGAUGGCCCUGCAGAUGGGACUAACCUCACCGGUGUAGGCGAGAUCAGACUUGUACCAGAUAUGUCAACACUUCUGAGGCUCCCAUGGUCAAGACGUGAGGAAAUGGUGAUGGCUGACAUGCAAAUAAGGCCUGGAGAAGCCUGGGAAUACUGUCCUCGAAAUGCCUUGAGGAAAGUCACAAAAGUUCUGCUGGAUGAGUUCAAUGUGACAAUGAAGGCAGGUUUCGAAAAUGAAUUUUAUGUUCGCAGAAAAAUAGUAAGCGAUGGACUUGAGCAGUGGGUUCCAUAUGACAAUACCAGUUACUGCUCAACUUCAGCAUUUGAUGGCGCAUCAUCUGUAUUACAAGAAGUGUAUUCUUCUCUCAAAGCUUCAGACAUUGUGGUUGAGCAGUUGCAUGCUGAAGCUGGGAAAGGGCAGUUUGAGAUAGCCUUGAAGUAUAUCUUGUGCACUCUUGCGGCUGACAAACUGAUAUAUGCCCGCGAGAUUAUUAAAUCAGUUGCUCGAAAGCAUGGACUGUUAGCAACAUUUCUUCCAAAGCCUGACUUGAAUGAUAUUGGAUCUGGUUCGCACGUGCAUCUGAGUUUAUGGGAGGUUGAUCAGAAUGUUUUUAUGGGAUCAAGUAAAUAUAAUUUCUAUGGAAUGUCAAAAAUUGGAGAACAGUUCCUUGCUGGAGUGUAUCACCAUCUUCCAUCAAUAUUGGCAUUUACUGCUCCUCACCCAAACAGCUAUGAUCGGAUUCAGCCAAAUACAUGGAGUGGAGCUUAUCUAUGCUGGGGGAAAGAGAACAGGGAGGCUCCAUUGAGAACCGCGUGCCCACCUGGUGUGCCUCUUGAUUUAGUCAGCAACUUCGAGAUCAAAUCCUUUGACGGGUGCGCAAAUCCGCACUUGGGUCUUGCUGCUAUAGUUGCUGCCGGCAUUGAUGGACUAAGGAGAGGCCUUAAGUUGCCUGAACCAAUCGAAUCAAACCCCGCUGAUUAUGCUUCCAAACUCAAAAGGCUACCGCAGAACCUGCAGGAAUCUGUAGAAUCGCUUUCUGCAGAUAAAAUUCUGCACGAAUUAAUUGGAGAUAAACUUGUCACAGCUGCUAUAGCUGUACGGAAGGCCGAGAUCGAUCACUACGCGAAGAAUCCAGGGGCGUUUAACGAUCUCAUCCACCGCUACUAGGACAAAAGACCGAAAUGCUGGUGCCGACAGAGAGAGACUACGCGUUUUUAGACGUGGCAAGGGGUUUGACGGACUGAGAGACUACGUGUGGAAGAAUAAAUUUUGUUCCGGUUUAUUUCGAAUUCUUGUGUCCUGUGACUGAACUUGAAUCGCGGUGUUUCUAUAUCAAUAAAUGUCGUUUAAAAUUUGAAAAAUGGACACCUGCAAACUCAUUGUUUUGAGAGAAGUUUUUUAAAUUUUUUUUGCUAAAAAUUUUUGGGAGUCCACGAAAGGAGCCAGAUACUGAAAUUUCGGUCAUUUCGUACUUUAAUAUCAACAAUAAAUAACACCGUAUGGUGGGAGUUAUUUCUUGA